AUGAACAAGGCUCUUAUGUCUUAUCAUGUUUGGAGCAUUGUCUCUAAAAGGGAGUCUUUAUGGGUGGAUUGGGUGCAUAGUUACAGGUUGAGAGGCAAGAGCUUCUGGAUGUGCAAAACCCCAGCUAAUUGUUGUUGGUCUUGGAGAAAGCUUGUGCAAUUGCGGCCUCUUAUUAGAAAUCAUUUAUGGUCGGAGUUAGGUAAUGGCGCUAACACUUCGGCUUGGUAUGAUUACUGGAGUGAUAUAGGGCCGCUUGGGGAUUUUAUUUCGCCGAGGUCUAUUACCGAUGCAGAUUUUAAACUAGAUGAUUCUGUGGCUAACAUCUACUCGAAUGGUUCUUGGGCGUGGCCUUUGGCUUGGAGAGACCUUUUUCCGGUUCUCAUUCAGUUAGACCAGGUUCAGUUAACCCCAAUGAAACAAGAUAGAUUGUUGUGGAGAGAUGGCAGCGAGGUUAUGGAGUUCUCCUCUUCUUGUGUGUGGCACUCGUUUCGGCACACGGCUCCGGAAGUGAAUUGGUGUAGGAUUGUUUGGUUUGCGCAGUCUAUUCCCCGUCAUGGUUUUUUGAUGUGGCUGGUCCUUAAAGGUAAACUUUUGACUCAAGAUAAAAUUCUAAAGUGGGAUUUAUCGCGGAGGAAGAACAUGAAUAUGAUGUGUUGCAUGUUGUGCUACCAGAACUAUGACUCUCAUCCGCAUUUGUUUUUUGAAUGCAAGUAUUCGGCUCAGGUUUGGUAUACAAUUCGAAACAAGGUAAACAUGGGUGAUGUUAGUCCCAAAUGGCAAGAGAUAGUGGAGUGGCUGUUGGCUCGGGCUCGGUCUAAAUCGGCUAGGAAUUAUAUCGCCAAAAUUCUGGUUGCGGCUGCGGUGUACUUUAUUUGGCAAGAAAGAAAUACUAGAACUUUUAUGAAUCAGUUGAGACCUCCGGAGAAACUUAGUGAGAUUAUUUUAAAUACGGUCCGAUACAAGCUGAUGGGAGCCAAACUAAGGGAUACCUCAAGUGUGCGGAGACUUCUCGAAGAGUGGGAGAUUCGUGGGAAGCAUGAUGAAGAUGAUGGCGGCUGA